AUGCUGUUUGGUGUCAUGUUCAAGUCCUCUACGAGUGACCGCUUGCUGGACAUCCCGUGCAACGUGUGUGGGGACCGCAGCUCCGGCAAGCACUACGGCAUCUACAGCUGUGAUGGGUGCUCGGGUUUCUUCAAGCGGUCCAUCCACCGUAACCGCGUGUACACGUGCAAGGCGGGCGGGGAGCUGAAGGGGCGCUGCCCCGUGGACAAGACGCACCGCAACCAGUGCCGCGCCUGCCGCCUCGCCAAGUGCUUCCAGGCUAAUAUGAACAAGGAUGCGGUGCAGCACGAGCGUGGCCCCCGCAAGCCGAAGCUCCACUCGAUGGGCCCGCUGGCGCUGCCGCCGCCGCACUCGCAGCACAAGCCGCACCCGUUGAAGCUGUCGCCGCCCUCGCCGUAUACGCAGCUCUCCCCGCCGUUCAACUUUCAGUUCCACAUGUCCCUCCCCGAGCCGGCUCCCCUGUCCACGGCGUCAUCAGCCGGGUCAUCCGGGGCGGCCGCCGUGAGCCCGCUGCCGCUUCCCGACCCCUUCCUCACCGCGCCACCGCCCGGGUUGCUGCAUAUGCUGAUGAGCAGUGAUAAGUGUCAGGAGUUGAUGUGGAGCGCUAAGCAGUUGCAGCUUCAAGGCGACCCGACGCUGCUGCGGCCGCCGCCCGGCGCCUUCGGGGCUCCGCUGGCGCCCACCUGGGAACUACUCCAGGAGACCAGCGCUCGCCUGCUCUUCAUGGCGGUCCGCUGGGUGCGCUGCUUGGCCCCGUUCCAGGCGCUGUCAACCCUGGACCAGCUGGUCCUACUCCGGGCCGCGUGGAAGGACCUGUUCCUGCUGCACCUGGCGCAGUGGUCGGCGCCCUGGGACCUGAGCCCGCUGCUGUCUGCGCCCGCGGCCCGCGCGAGACUGCCCCCUGACCCGCUUGCUGAUCUUGAGCUUAAUACUUUGCAGGAAAUCCUGUGCCGUUUCCGUCAGAUAUCGCCCGACGGCAGUGAGUGCGGAUGUAUGAAAGCUAUCGUCUUGUUUUCACCUGACACAGCCGGCCUGAGUGAAACUCAGCCAGUGGAGAUGCUGCAAGACCAGGCGCAGUGCAUCCUGGCCGACUACGUGCGCACGCGCUACUCGCGACAACCAAUGAGAUUCGGUCGUCUCCUCCUCCUCCUGCCAUCACUCCGCGCUGUCCGGGCCAGGUCCAUCGAGCUGCUGCUAUUCCGGGACACGGUGGGCGACGUGUCCGUGGCGACCCUACUGCAUGACAUGUACCGCAUGCAGCCCGCGCCCUCCGCGCCCUUCGCCCCGCCCCCGCCGGCGUCCAGCGAACACUGCGCUACUCCUUAGGCAUUUAUGGACGCCUGGUACUUUUGGAUACGAUGUGUAUACUUUUUUCGAUGAUGUAUUUGGCAUGUUUGGGGUAUUAUCAUAAAUAUGAUAAAUAUGGAGUUUUUUUAU